AUGCCUCGUCAGCCUCCUCGCAAGGCGAAGAAAGCUGUUGCAGAGACUGUCGCUACUACCGAGGUCGCAUCAGAAACCAACGGUACCACGAAAGUCGAGGCCAAGACCCGCGUCACCAAGCGCAGGAUUACCGAGACCGUCCCGAAGCUCGAGGUUCCCGAGAUUGAAGAGAAGCCUCAACCCACGAGGAAGCGCAAAGCUGCCAAAGUCAAAGUCGAAGAGGACGAGGAGGAGGAGCCUGCCAAAGAGGAGCCCAAACCCGCCAAAAAGCGAAGAACAGCGAAGCCCAAGAUCGAGGACAUCAUGCCACUUGCUAAGCGCACUGUCAUUGCUUCGAUGAAGAAGGCCAUGCAUAUCGGUGCCCACGUCAGCAGUGCAGGAGGUGUCCAGAAUUCAAUACACAACGCCGUACACAUAGGCGCCAACGCCUUCGCCCUCUUCCUCAAGUCGCAGCGCAAAUGGGCAAACCCUCCAAUCGCACCCGAGGCCCGCGACGGCUUCCACAGCCUGUCGCAGGAACACAAAUUCGAGGUCCAUCGGCAUUGUCUACCGCACGGGUCGUAUCUCGUGAACCUCGCGCAGGCGGAGAAGGAGAAGGCAGACCAGGCAUAUGACGCGUUCCUUGAUGACCUGCAGCGGUGCGAGUCGUUGGGCAUUACGCUGUACAACUUCCACCCGGGGAACACCAACGGCGACAAUAGAGAAGAGGCCAUCAAGCGCAUCGCGGCGCAACUAAAUAAAGCGCACAAAGCGACAAGUACCGUCGUAACAGUCUUAGAGAACAUGGCGGGACAGGGCAACGUCGUCGGCUGUACAUUCGAGGACCUAAGGGACAUCAUCGCAUCGGUAGACGACAAGAGCCGGGUUGGCGUCUGCAUCGACACCUGCCACGCCUUCGCAGCGGGCUACGACCUGCGGUCGCCCGAAGCCUUCGAGGCCACGAUAUCCAAAUUCAACGACGUGGUCGGCGCGAACUACCUCAAGGCGUUCCACCUGAACGAUAGCAAAGCGCCGUUCGGCUCCCACCGCGACCUGCAUGCCAACAUUGGUACCGGUUUCCUAGGCUUGCGCGCCUUCCACAACGUCAUGAACCACGACGGCUUCCCGGGCCUGCCAAUGGUGCUCGAGACGCCGAUAGAGCGCAAGGGUCCCGACGGCAAGACCAUAGAAGACAAGCAGGUCUGGGCAGACGAGAUCAAGCUGCUCGAGAGCCUCAUCGGGAUGGACGCCGAGAGCGAGGAGUUUGCGGCCCUGGACACGCGGUUGCAGGCGCAGGGCGCCAGCGAGCGUGACAAGAUCCAGGACCAGGUCGACCGCAAGAGCGCCAAGGAUGCGAAGAAGGGAGCCAAGAAGGGCGGCGGCAGGAAAAAGAAGAAGACCGCCGAGACUUCAGACGAGGAAGAAUCUGAGUGA